AUGGUCAUGAUGAUCCUAUUCAAGCAAUCGACACCUAUGCUCAAAACCGUUGGUCAACAGGCCCGUGGUAUGGCCACGGAAAAGCAGAUUCUCCAGCGUAUUACAGCUACUUCUAACAUUGCCAAGAUUACGAAAUCAAUGAAAAUGGUAUCGGCUGCUAAAAUGCGUGGUGCUGAGAACCGCAUGAAUGUCGGUCGCCCUUUUACUGCGUGGCUGGAUAAUGUCAAGGGAGCUCAUGAUCGUACCAUUGAAACGGACGGGAUCGCCCCUUUGGAAGAAUUGGAAAACGAGAAUGUCUUUAUCGUUGUCUCUUCGGACCGUGGCCUUUGUGGUGGUAUCAAUUCGGGUAUUGCCAAGGCUGCUCGCAAGCAAAUUGCUGGUGUGGAGGACAAGUCACAGAUCUUUGUCAUUGGUGACAAAGCUCGUGCCCAAUUACGUCGUGAUCUUGGUACCCGUAUCCGCGGCAAUGUAACCGAGACGUUCCAGUCACCGCCAAACUUUACGGUAGCUAGUGCUAUCGCAGAGGCUGUGGUUGCUUCGUCCGCUUCCGAAUCGGAAAAGGUGCACGUGUUGUACAACAAGUUCAAGUCGGCAAUCUUGUACAUGCCGUCUGUGCGCUCACUUGCGGUGCAACCCGACACGGAUGCCUUUGACCUAUACGAGCUUGAGCCUGAUAACAAGGACGAGUUGCUGGCUGACCUUAAGGAGUUUGAGAUUGCUACUGCCAUUUUCCAGGGUAUGAUUGAAAACUCGACCAGCGAAGAGUCGUCGCGUAUGGCUGCCAUGGAGAACGCUACCACAAACGCUCAGGACCUCAUUGGAUCGCUUACGCUCGUGUACAACAAGGCUCGCCAGGCCCGUAUUACUACGGAGCUGAUUGAAAUUAUUUCGGGCGCCGCCUCGCUGGACGGUUAA